UUCAAACGACGUUCCGUCCGUCCGCCCCUCUGUCCCCCAUCCCCUCGAUAACACGGCAAACCCAAGACGACGCUGAUCGAGUUUUCAUCCCGGGUUUCCGCCGCGGGGGUCUCGUAACCACCUUCAACCCCUGAUUUUUAUUCGAGCCACACCGGCUUCAUUUAUAACUUCGUUUUCUUCGUCGAACCGUCUACUCGAUACCUAAGUUUUCUCCUCGACUGCCUCCACGAGAUGUCUACGAGAUUUUUUCUCAUUCUCUAUUCUUUUUUCUUUUCUUUUUUUGGUUUUUUUAGUUUUUUCUCUCCCCUUAACCUUUUAAUUAGCCAAUUAAAAGUUGUAUCCUAUCUCUCGUUACUACCUGUCCGACUGUUGACGCGUUAUUCGACGAUUCGAUUCGGAUUUUUCUUAUCCUCGAAGGGAUAUGGAGGAGGGCACUCGAGGUUGUUUAAAAAUCUUCCAAACAAUUCAAAUUUCUGGCGGAUGAAACACAGGAAUUAUUGGAAUUAAACAAUAAAUCGGUCUCGAAUCGAAAACGGCUAGCGAGAUUCGCAAUUAAGUCCUUUACCGACAAAUUUUCCAGACGAGUUGCAUCUUUUCGAGCCCCCGUAACGAUCCCUAUUAUUAUUAUUAUUACUAUCCCGAAGUACUCGAGACGUUGUUAUUCUCGCAAGGAAGAAGAAAAAAAAGAAGCCACCCUCUCCUCGAGGGCUCAAAGCUCGGGGAAAAGAUCGAGGUUGAGACGAGUUCGAGACUCCUCUCGCAUUGUGCCCGGCCUCUUUGCGAAAUUCGACCCUGCUUCCCCCUCCUUGCCGGUGGAGGAUCGCGGUAUUAGCAUAACGACAUGCAUGUAUGUAGGAGAAUCGUCGAAAUCACGGCGAGAGAGAUCCUUUCUCCCUUGUGAAUUUCGACUGACCUUGACUACACCUCCUCCCCCGACUCGAGAAGGGAUUCCGCUUUUAUAAAUCAUGCAAAUCGUCCCACUAUUUGCGCGAGCGAAACGAAAGAAAGGGGACCAAGUUUCCUCGAGUCUCUAAACUAUCCGCUAAUUCUUGUUGCAAAAAUUCUUCUCGCCUCCCCCCUCGUCGUAAAGCCAUUUUUAAUUUACAUAUAGCUCGAGGGAUUAAUAUGUCGGGGAAGGGGAGGAAACAAAAAGUUGGCUUCGCCACGGUUCGCAUGAUACAAGCUCGUUUCCCUCCUCGUGGCCGUGUAAAAAGUCAACGCGGUGUACAUAAGAUCGCGCCAAGUUGCACGAGUGUGUAACUUGUGUGUAAUGCGUAUUUUAGAGCCGCGUUUUACCGCGUUGUUGAAAGGGGAUUUGAAAAUUUCUUUUUUACCGCGUUGUCGAGGAGGAACGGGUUCGCAAACUCUUCGCGCGUGUUCCAUCCCUGCUCGAGGGAUUUGGACUUUUUUUCUUUUUUCCUGUUCUUUUUUUCUUCUUCUUUUUUUUAGAUACACAGUGUUGCGAAAAUACACACGUUGUCAUCAACGAUAGUCACGUGGUAAUUUACAAUGGUCGAUAAGUCCAAGUCCUUUGCUUCGAACGAAAAGUAUAUAUAUAUAACAUUUUAUCCAAUUUAUUCCAAUCCGCGAAAGAGAUACCGUCUCAUUCGAAAAGAUGUCGCGUUGCCGAUGGAACGAAUUAAUUCGAGAAACGUUCGUGCAACGUUCGAAUUCGAAUCCGGUUUCCAGACCGCGAGGAAUUCUCCUCCAAGGCUGGGAUUACCACGUGCAUACAUAUAUGGAACAGCGGUCUGUAUCCCCGUGGAUCCCUUUGCCGAUUCUCAUCGGGAAUUUCUCGCGACCUUCGGCCAGGGGGGAAGGAGGAAGGAGGGUGCGCGUCGGGAUUACAUCGGUAUGGAUUGCGCGUAAUACCCUGUAAACCGCGUCAAGCUUUCUUUCCUCUGCGUUUUUCUCUGCGCCUGCUUUCAUCCCGCUGGUGGAAAAGCGGGGACGAUCCUCCCCUGUUGGGGAAUCGUCAAAGCGUUUCGUUUCUAUCACGCCGCCUGUCACGUGAUCGGGGAAACAACGAUCGAACCACGAUCUUUCGAGGCAAUCGGAUCUCAAACCGCGCGAUUGACGUGGCUGAUUAUGUAUCGCGGAUUAUGAUUUCCGAAUUUUCCACGCAAUUUUUCAAUAACCGGUUGAGAGGGGGAAGAGGAAGGAAGAGCGGGAUUUAUUAUUGUUUUACGGGUUUCGCGAGCAGGCUUAAUUACGCGCAGGAUGAUGGGGAGGGGAGAAAUCGCAAACAAUUCUCCGGCUAAUUAGCCCGAAUCCGGACAUAAAUUGCCGAUGAAAUGGCUUUUAAAAUCCAUCGUGCUGGAGCGGUGGAAAAAAAAGAAAAAAAGGGGAAUGAGGAGACAGAGCGGAGACGAGAGAGAACGUGGUAAAAAAGGGGACGAAGAAAGCGGGAAGGGGGAGGAAAAAAGGGUUGGAGAUAAAACGUCCUUGAGGUCAUUACUGUACCGCGGUUGGAUCGUGGCAGCCUCGAAAGUUUCUUGGUCGGUUGCCAGAGAUUGGCGCGAGCGAGCGCGUUCAAAAAAUAGCGUUGAAAGAGGCGGAAUACCCGAUCGUCGCGUGGAAUGAAAAAAAAAAAAAAGGAGCAUAAGCCCAACGAGGGAGCGAGAUUUCACGGGCCACUUAAAAACGAUACUCGUGACGAUUUCUUUUUCACCGAAUUCUCUCGGUUCUUCUCGUGAGUUAUGAAAUAUAUAUAUAUAUGCUCGAUCGGGCGUAGCUUUCAUAUUUCCUUCGUUGCCGCGGCGGUGCUUCGCUCUCUCGUUGUUUUCGCCAUGGAAACGUCCACGGUGAUGUACUUUCCCGUCGGAAAUACGAGUCCAAUCGUUCAUAAAGCUUCUCGGGUAUUGCCUGGAUGGCGCGCUCCACGAUAGGUUCACCUACGCCCGACAAUUUCUCCUUUUUCAUCGCGUUCCUCCGAUAUCCCCCUUCCCCGCCCCUUGUCUUCCCCUCCGUUGCAAGGCCUUGCACUGCCAGAAACGUGAUUCUCCAUCAUACGGACCGCCUCUGAUGAAAAUGGUGUUUGGAAAUCUGAUAAAGGGAACUACCAUCGUAAAUCGACCAUUUCGACAAGCUCUACUCUUUAUCUCGUGGAACCAGGAUUACGAUACUCGUGACGAUAUAUAUAUAUACAUAAAUAUAUAUACAGUUAUAUACGACAUGAGUGAUGCAUAGAUCGAUCGUCGCUCUUUCUUUCAACGGGAAGAAAGGGCGAAUCUUUUUUUUAUACGUGGUCGAAUCGGAUCGACACACGUGAAACAGAUAUCGAGAGAGAGACAGGAGGAACAGAUUCGUUCGAAUGUCUUCUCUCGGCCGAUUUGAAAUUCAAAGGUCGGAAUAAAUUCCAUCGGCCAUCGCCGUUCUUUUGUCAGUUUUAUUAGGUCUCCCCGAGGAUUCCCCACGCGGCUUAAGUAUAAGUAAUCCAGGGCACAAUAACGUCUGGUAAAGUGCCAUUCGGUAGCGCCACCCUGCAGAUUAUGGGCAUUCCAGAUGAACGCUAAACAUUGUCGCUCAUCCUCCUCGCGAUCCGUGAUACUUGGGCAGGGAAUCGGGCAAAUGGUAUAAAACUGGAAACCUCGAAUCCCCCUCGAGGUUGCCCGCUCUCGUAAAAAUCUUCGAUCGCAUAUCUUUUCAUACCCGAUAGAAUAAAAAUUUUUUACUCCUCGAUCGCGAAACUUUUCUCUUUCUUUUUCUAUUUCUUUUUCUUUUUCUUUCAAACGACGAAAAAAAUCGUCGAAUGUCACGGGAAGAUCCGACGACGUUCCAGGGGCAAGGGACAAGGGGUUGACGUCGUAUUUAGGUCGGGAUCCAACUGCUAGUUGGAAUAAUCUCUGCGAGGCACGUCAACGAGAACGGUGUCAUCAGUUUGACCCUGUUUUCACUCCGGUUCGAUAUUGCGAUCCACGCCCCCGCGUCUAGAUAUUCGCUGAUCGUGGUAUCCACAGUAGCAAUAACCGGUACACGGUCGAUUAAACCCUCUUACGCCCCGAUUUUAUCCUCCCUUUCCACCCACCUUUUCCUUCUCUCUUAUUUUACACCGAGAAUAAUAUCCCUCCCCCCUCUUCUCCCAUGGUUUUACCGCGCGUUCGCAUGCGAGUAUCGAUAUACGUCGUCGGCCAACGUAAGUCGAAUUUCUUUCCCUUUCCCACCGUGUGUAUAAUAUUAAUCGUACGGUCACGAACGUUAGGUAGGAUCCACGAUAACGAGGAUGAAAAAUACUAGCGGCGGGAAAUGGCGGAAGGAACAAAGCGUUUUUUAACGAUAAAAUUCGAGUCACGGAAAAGACGGCGGUAUAGGAUACCUUACAGUUGCACGUUUUCCGAAUCGGGGCUUUGGAUCGAGGGAGGGAGGGAGGAAUCUUCGUGGGAAAGCUCGCAACCGGCACGAUUUUUUCGCCCCCGUGGAAAUUCGUAAAGGACGAGCUUUGGUCCUUCGAUUAUUCCCUCUCUCUUUCUCUCUGUCUUCCUUUUUCUCUAUUUAUACAUUUUUUGUCGUUCGUAGGAUACAUAUAUAUGUGUACGAGUUUUGCGAGUUGAAAAUAUCCGGAUUUCGAAAUAUUCCAAUAGUCGAAAAUGUAUAAACGAGUUUCAAUGAAAAUUUCCCUCCCCGAAUUUCUCCAUAAUUUCUCGGAUCCAGAGCGCGAGAUAGACGGAGGAGAGGAGGAUGGGAAAUGGGUUGAAAUCAAUGGGUGACAGAUUCGAAAUAUGGCGGGCAGGUAGGUAUCCCGGAAGUUGGAGCUAGUUUCCCAGCUACGAUUCUCCGGGAACGACUGAUCAGCGGAGUUUCCACAGUGUUUAUUAACCGCAAGACAAGGAGAAUCGCGAAUCGUUCCCCGAAUGCAACGCCCGGGGCUAUUCGACGAACUGUCUAGAAUUAUACCCACGAAGAUUAGGAACGGCGAGAGGGAGAGAGGGGCCAACCCAGUAUGGACAACCGUGGUAUAGAAUCCAGGAGUCCAAGAUCACGACGUCUACUUGGAACGGUAACUCUGCAUUGUCAUGGUGAUCGCGGCUGAUAAUGGACGAUGGAUUUACGGGAAUAUCGACGGAUAACCGUGCAGUUGCUUUGAAACGUUUCCAGUAUUUGAUGAAAUGGUCUGGGAACGCGGAUAUGACCAACCGGAUGUUGAAAAUACCGAUUGGAAACGGUAAUCGAAGGAAAAAACAAGCGCAGUUUCCAUCCUGGACCACGAAAACAAUAAAUCUUAAAUCUCCGAUGGAAAAUUUUAAUUUAAAAUAUAUAUUUCCACGUUCGUAAUUUCUCCGCCGGAAUUAAAUGGGAGAGAGGGGAUACAAAUACACUUCGAACGCCGGCAUUCGUCUUUCGGCGUUCGAAGCGUUAAUAUCAACAAAGCGCCGUGUUGUGCUCGCCUAUUCACGUUUCGUCGCAAUUCUACGUCGCAAAAAGGAUUUUUACCAAUUUUUGAUGGAAUCUGCGAAGAGGACCACUCCACGAAAACUGCAUCGGCAGCCAUUAAAAACUAAAUGAAAACAUGUGUCGAGUGGGGAGCACGUGACUUUGACAGUUUCGGCGGGAAGUCAGUAGCACGUGCGGUAGCGUGAAUAGUGGACGUACCUAUAACCUUAAUUCUUGCGCUGCGCAAAUAAGCAUUUAAAAUGUUGAAGGAGUAUCUAUUGAAAAACCACCAAAUAGAAUUGGAGGAAGUUUUGGAUAAUAUUGAUAUCAAUUGUUAUUAUUCGAUCUAUGUUAAUUUCGUAUCGUUGUUCGAGGAUGAUGCUGACGUUGCUCAAAAAAUUUUGCAAUAUCCUAGAUAUUACUUACCAUUGUGUGACGAAGCAGCGAUAAAAGCUCAGGAAGAAAUAGCAAAACCGAAACAAAUUGUUAAAAAGAAGGUACGUAUUAGAAUUACCGCUGUACCAGUUACAUUAGAUCAAGGACAAAUUGGACAGCUUGUUUCAACGAGUGGCAUUAUUGUUAGGAUCUCCCAACCAAAAGUAUUAAAAUCUGUUCAAAGACAUUAUUGUAGAAAAUGCAAACAUGUUACUUUGGCUAAAUAUGAAUGGGAGAGACAAAAUUUUGCAGAUAUCACAGAUUGUGAAGAGUGUCAUGCUACAAAACUUAAAGUUUUAACUGAUUUUGAUUUGGAAGAUUCUUCAGAUUGUCAGGAAAUAGGAGUACAAGAAAAGUGUAAAAUAGAUACAAACAAAUCCUUGACUGAAGAACUUAGGAUUAUUCUAUUGGAUGAUUUAGUUGAUAAAUGUAGACCAGGAGAUCAUGUUGAGAUUAGUGGUGUCGUGAUAAGAAUUUGGGGCCCCUUAGAAGUUGGUGAACGUUUAGAAGCGACAACCAUGAUGUUAGGCAAUAGCAUUACAGUACGGCGUAAAAUAUCCGACACAUCUUCUUCUCAAGAAAUGAGAGAUGUUUUUAGGAAUUAUUGGGAAAAAUAUAGCGAUAAUCCUUUACUUGGUAGAGACAAUAUUCUUGCAUCUAUUUGCCCAAAGCUUUAUGGAAUGUACACUGCAAAAUUAGCAUUGGCUGUCGUUUUAGCCGGUGGCGUACCAAAAUGUAACGAAAGCGGUAAUUAUUCCCUUUAUUAUCACACUUUUUAUUCUUUAUAUAAAAUACAAUGUGUCAUUAUAAAUAAAAAAAAAAAAAAAGGAACACGUGUGCGUGGAGAACCUCAUCUUCUUUUGGUCGGCGAUCCUGGAACUGGUAAAUCCCAAUUGCUUCGUGCAGCAUCUCGUUUGGCUAUAAGAUCGGUUCUUACGACCGGCGUGGGAUCGACUGCAGCUGGACUCACUGCAACCGCUGUUAGAGAUUCAGAAGGAUGGCAUCUAGAAGCUGGAGCCCUUGUAUUAGCAGAUGGAGGCGUCUGUUGCGUGGAUGAGUUCACAACCAUGAGCUCACAGGACAGAACAUCCGUUCACGAGGCUAUGGAACAACAAACAAUAUCAAUCGCCAAAGCUGGAUUAGUUAGCACGUUAAACUCAAGGUGUUCAGUGGUUGCAGCUAUUAAUCCAUCCGGUGGCCAAUUCACCGAUGAUGAAGAAUGGGAAACGAAUUUAGGGGAUCCUCUUUUAUCUCGUUUCGAUUUAAUCCUGCUUUUGAAGGACAAUAGGAAUUCAGAGUGGGAUAGGUUGACUUCGGAACAUAUUUUAAAGGCUGCUUACGAGACUAAAGAGAACAAUGCUCAGACAGACUCGAAAAAUCAUAUGGAACUUUUAAAAAGCGAAAGCUUGUGGAAAGAGGAUACUUUGCGAGAAUAUUUAGCAUAUGUGCAUUCCCUGCAACCAAAAUUAACGAAGGAAGCGGAAAUGAUACUUCGAGCGACAUAUCUUUAUCACAGAUGUCAUCCAAAUAGGAGAGAAGAGAGAACAACAGUUCGACUUUUGGACAGUCUUAUUCGAUUAGCCGAAGGACACGCUAGAUUGAUGUACAGAUCGGAUAUAGAAAUUAUGGAUGUUAUAUUUGUGGCAAAAUUAAUUGGAACUGGAUCUACAUCCGAGAUUAAUCUUGGUUGUUCAUUUCCAAUAGAUCCGAUUGCAACAUAUAAAUCUGAAGGUAAAAUACUAUUGAGGACUAUUGGUUUAGAGAAUUUGGAAAAUUUGUUAUAAAUAUUUCAAUUGCUGAAGAAGUUUCUUAUCUUAAUUAUUGGAGAUAAUAUUUAUAUAAUAAUUAUUGAAAGAUUUCUUUUUUUUUUUUUUUGAGUAAAUUAAAUUUUUAUUUAUCACUUUUAUCUUUGCUGCUUACAUAAGUACAAAUGUAUCAGCGAAUAUUUAUAAAAUUUAAACAACAUUUCUGUCUUAUUUUUCAUUUUUUAUACAAAACGAAGUAAUCUAUUAUUCAUUGCUAUAUAAUAAAGAUUGUGUAAUAAUCAUUGCAAUCAAUUUAAACAUCGUCAUAUAUGUAAAAAUAUAUUUAUAGGGCAGAAUCUGUUUUAUUGAAGUCUCAAUAAAUAACAAAGAUCCUUCGACCUCUCUUUUUCCUAUAUUCCCGAACAUUUUACUUGAUAUAAAGUUUCCAGUUCAUUGAGACAUUCAGAUACACCCAAUAAAGUAACAGCAACGAUAUAACCCAAUUUUCGUACUCU